AUGGAUCAACACGAACGAUAUUCCACAGAGUUUCGAGAGGAUGGCACCUCUGUUAAGAGUUCGUCUCCUUUAGCAAUGAUCAUUCAGGAUCUGCGGAGGAAAAACCUGGUGACUGCAACUUUGAACUCGGGGCCAUUUGCUUCUCAUCUAGAUUCUACUGAUCCCUGGGGAUCUUCGGAUGCUUUGGACGGUGAGGAAGAACAGCAAACCGCAUACCGGAACAAUUUCCAGCCGUCUCGUCCUACUGCCGAAACGACUCAGCCAAAUCCAUGGGUGGCCACACGGCGAAAUUCUUGGAUUGGAUCUCGGCAGUCGCCUGGGAAGAUCUCUAGGAGACGUAGAUCGAACAGCAAAAUUCUUCAAGGGGGAAGCAUAAGAGUCAGAAGAAGUGAUGUCGACAUGCAAUCAGUCAGUCCCUCGCAACAGAGACUCUUGUCUUGGUUAAACUCGACAAGAUUACCGCAACGGGAAUCACCCCAACAUGCAGAGGCGCUACUGCAAGACACACCACAGCUACGAGUUAUUUCCCCAGCGUCCACAGAUAUGCAGGGUGUUGGCGCUGUAUCUCAAAAUGGCUUUCUAGGCAUGUUGCUUCCAUCACAACAAGGCAUAAAUGGAAGCAAUUCCGGAGGCAGUGAUAUGAAUGGUAGUACAAGAACGGAAUACAUGAAAAGUCUGGCCCGUGAAAGAGCAAACAAAGAGGCAGCUACAGAGUUGUCGUCUGUCUUAUGGAUUUUGGCGCACGAAAUGUCGCUGGAAGAAUACGGUAUAAUUGAAAGUGAGGUGUUCACUUCCGUUUUCGCCCUCAUCCAUGCACAAGAAAUCGAAAAGAGAGUGGCUGGACUGGCGGCGCUGGAUGCCAUGAUUGAUGCUCCAAGUGCCGACGAGGAGAAGAAGGCAAUCAAAUUUGCGAACACACUAAGCAAAGGACUUCGUUCGGCUCUAGGUGACUAUGAAUUUCUGUCGGCAGCGUCCAAGGCGCUUGGUCACAUGGCUAUGCGUAGUACAAAUGUGGAUUUUGUGGAAUCUGAGAUUACAACCGCACUGGAAUGGCUUCGGACAGAAAGAUCUGAUAGAAGACUAGCGGCAGCACUAUCCCUGAAGCAACUUGCCAUCCAUGCGCCUACAACUCUCUACUCGAAAACGAGUCAAGCAGAAUUGGGUCAUGGAGGCUCGAACGAUUUUCUCGAAUACAUCUUGCUUGCUGUUCACGAUCCUCAACCGAUAGUCCGUGUCUGUGCUGCCGAUGCACUAUCACGAUAUCUCAAAAUUUUGGUGGAACGGCAGCAGGUUUCUUUGACUUCUCUGCUUUGGCAGGUUCACCAAGCUGUCUUGGAGGGUUUCAAGAAUGAUCAAUCAAAGAAGAAUCGUGCGUCUAUUAGUAAGAUAGAGGCUUCUCAACACGGUUCGCUGCUUGUGGUUGGGACAAUGAUAUCACUAGCAGGUGACUUUAUGUUACCGCGAUACGAUGAAGUAUGCCAAGAGAUCAUGGCAUUUAUGGAUCAUGAAAAAGCCCUAAUGCGACUCGAGAUUAUCCGAUUGAUCCCCCGACUUGCAAGACGAUGUCCUCGAGUAUUUGCGAGAAGAUAUCUUGAGCCGAGUUUGGUUUUUCUGAUCCAUUGUGCGUCUGCUCCAACACAACCUAGGAUGGGAAUUGAGUUGCGACCCUCGGCAUAUAGUGCGAUCGGGGGACUAGUGCUUGCCAUGGUCGAUGACGAGACAGGCUCUGUGAUCGGCGGUGGCUCUCUCCCAACCAUCAAGAUUACAAAUGAUUCAGAAACAUCAGGCGGGCCUGUAGUCGAGAUGCAUGACUCAGGUGCCAUUUAUCAAAGAGUCGAUGUAAUUUUUCGCUUGGUGAGCGAUGGUUUGAACUACAGAUCUGUGGCUUCUCCGAAGACGACUUCAAAAAUGCAUAUUGCAGCAUUUCAUUGUGGGGCUGACCUUGUUGAAGCUCUUGGGAGUCUUGCUGAACCAUACAUCACACGACUGAUCAACGAUAUUUUCAAAACAGGUCUCAGCAAUGAUCUCAUUCAAUGCUUGCAUGCAAUUGCAGAGUGUCUUCCUGCCCAGCAAGGUACAAUCGAAGAUAGGUUACUCCAAGCAGUGUCCUACAGGUUGGCAGGAAUCAAGUCUGCAAGAGACGUUUGCGAUCCUUUAAUCCCUCUUCGAACCAUCUACUCGAAUGAACCUAAGCAUGGUGGUCUUCCAAGAGUGUCUCAUGAAACACAGGUUGAGGGUGCCCCAAGGGUGCAAGUAGUGAGGAUCAACAUGUCGACAAAUGCAAACGUCGUAGCCGAUCUAGUGCUGUCUCUUCAGACGCUUAGCUCGUUUGGAGACUCUAUGGGUCGCGUGACGACACUUGGAGCUGUCGUUCCACUCCUACCAUUCGUACAAAAUGUUGCUGCCAAAUAUUUGUCGCAUCCCUCAAAUGAAGUGCGGAGAGCAGCAGCGUUGACAUGCUGCCUGUUGCUUGUCCCGCCACAAAUCGUCAGCAAAAAUAGGGUAGGGCAGUUUUCAGGCCAGAUCAUUCAGGACAUUUUGGACACCAUCCUCAGGGUGGCAGUGUCUGAUUCAUCACCAGAAGUCAGACUUUGUGCUGUAAAGGCUCUUGACAAGCGAUACGAUCCAUUCUUGUGUCAGUCGCGACAUCUACAAACACUGUUUCUUUUGCUACAGGACGAAGUGCUUGCAACACGUGCCGCAGGAGUGAGGUUGUUGGGGCGACUAGCUCAGUUGAAUCCUGCUCCAAUUCUACCAUUCAUGAGAAAGUUUUUGCUCGGCUUAAUUGUAGAGAUACGAUGUGGGGUAGACACAGGGAGGGGGAGAGAAGAAGCAACUAGACUUCUCGUGGUAUUUCUGCGAUCUGGAUCGGUACAACGACUCAUCCAACCUGUCCUUCCUGUGCUUGUUGCAUCUCUACCUUUGGACGGUGGGGCUCCGAGGUUAGCAUCGGCCGCAUUGGAAGCUCUUGGUGAGCUAUCUAGAGCUGCUGGUGCUUCGCUUCAGCCAUGGGUCAAGGAAGUUGUACCCACUAUUUUGGACACACUUCAGGAUCAAAGUAGUGCAAGCAAACAAAGGAUCAGUCUCAGAACGCUUGCGCAGAUUGCAGGGUCUACUGGAUACGUUAUCCAGCCAUAUAUGGACUAUCCAAAGUUGCUUCUACAAGCUACCGAUAUACUGCCGGGUACCAAGAGGGCUCCUUGGGCGCUACGGCGAGAGGUUAUUAGGACUCUCGGGGUGCUUGGUGCUUUGGAUCCUGAUCGGUAUCAUGCGGUUGGACCAAAAGCCAGGAAAGGUGGUGCAGUUGGAGGCGCAUAUUUUGUUGUCCAGGAUGAAGUGGAACAACCCACUGCAGACGUCGACAUGAAUGGAGCAGUUGCUGGCAGGUCCUUGGCUCUACGAAAUUUCGGUGGAAACUCUGUGGCUGUAGGGAGUGUACUAACGAAGCCAUUGCCACCCCAUGUCGCGACUGUCAGGAAGCAAGAUGAAUCUGGACGAACAAACGUGCCUUGGAGUGUAACUGAGUCAAUUGAAGGUGAUGAUAAUCUCCCUGCUUAUCUUUCAAUGUAUGAACAAUAUGCAAUGGUUGCCCAACCAGUAUCGACACUACCUCCAGCACGUCGAAUGACCCCUGGGGACGAAGAAUUCUACCCAACUGUUGCCAUUCAGGCUCUAAUGCGAAUUUUUAAGGAUCCUGCACUAGCUGUGCACCAUGGUAUGGUCAUGCAAGCAAUUAUGUUCAUUUUUCAGUCUCUGGGGCUGCGUUGCGUCCAGUUCCUUAAUGAUGUCGUCCCACACAUCAUGCUAACGAUUCGCACCUGCGGGCCAUCGAACCUAAGGGAAUCCCUUUUGAAGCAAGUUGCAACAUUGAGUGGUAUCGUCAAGGAGCACCUACGGCCAUAUGUCGCGGACGUUUUUGAUAUCGUGGAACAGCUUUGGGAGUCUAAACAUUUGGGCACCAUUUUCAGCUUGGUGCUCCACAUUGCUGUUGGUGUUCCCGACGAAUUCCGAAAUUUCAUUCCACGUCUCAUUCGUCGUGUGUUGACGAGUCUUGACGAGUUGCAGGUAGCGGAAUGGGCAAACAACGACCCGCGCUCGACGCACACAGCUCGUCUGAAGGAGACGGAAAGGCUUCGACUGAUCCUUUUUAGUGUAAAGCGCCUGCGAGGUGUACUCGGAGACUAUGUGCACGUCUUGGUCCCUGCUCUCUUGAAGCUGACUGAUUCACUUGUAAGGCUGCAAUCCAGCACCAGCGCAAAAAACUCCGAUUGGGUGACCGAAACCGAUUUGACUAGCAUUGCUAUUCUCGGACUAGACACAAUUUCCGCACUUCUUGAAUGUGAAGGGACUGGCGCAGGUGUCAGGCCCGUAACUCUCUUCUGGGGAGAAAAGAGUGGAUCAGACAUCCGAUCGGGUAGUCUUGCUUCACGAGUUGUUCAACCCUUGAUUAGGCUGUUGAAACAUAAUCAACGAUCGCAUAGAAAUGUUGGGAUGGCAAUCGUCGAAACACUUUGUGUCUCCGCCAGACAACUUGGCACGACAAUCUGGAUGAAUUUGUAUCAUGAUGUUGCCAAGCAAGCCAUCAACGAAUGGCACUAUUCUACACCUGAGCUUGACAAUCUAAGUAUGGAAGAUGAAUACCAUGUGUCUACUGCGAGCGUGAACACGGGUGGGGUGAAGUUAUACGAUGCAAUGAUUCAAGAAUUACAGCACUCUCCCAACAAAAGGAGCUACAAUUCUCCGUACGUUGCUGAAACUUUCACAUCAAUACAGCGAAUAGAAUCUAGUAUGUUCCAUGCGAUGGAUCCUUUGCAGCAACCCGUUUUUGCGGAGAAUCCAGGCACCCCAGCAACCUUUGAUGCAGCUGCAGAUGUAUUUGAGAAUCCUAUUCCGUCGCAACCUCUUUCUAUUCAGACAAAUAAGAAGAAGAUCAAUCAAUUGCAUCUACAGCGAGCAUGGGAUGUGUCCCAGUGUGCAUCUAGAGAAGACUGGGAUGAAUGGAUGCGCCGACUUGGUAUUCAACUUCUCCGGGAAGCGCCAUCACCAUCUCUACGAGCGGCAGCAAGUCUCGCAAAUGCAUACCAACCACUUGCGAGAGAGUUGUUUAGUGCUGGUUUCGUUUGUUGCUGGAAAGAUCUUAGCCCACCAUACCGAGCGAACUUGGUUCACUGUUUGGAAACAGCUUUUGCUGCUGAUGUUUCACCAGAAAUACUUCAAACCUUGCUAAAUCUUGCAGAGUUUAUGGAACAUGAUCCAAGUGGAGGCUUGCCGAUUGAUAUACCAAUCCUUGCCGAGCUCGCACUCAAGUGUAGAGCAUAUGCAAAGGCCCUGCACUACAAGGAACGAGAGCAUAGUAUGGGAGUGACCAAUUCAUGUGUGGAAUCAUUGAUUAGUAUCAACCGCAAGUUGGGUCUUCAAGAUGCGGCAUUGGGUGUCCUGAAGUCAGCGACAAUGUCGUUCGAAGACAAACGCCUUAAUUCGGACCAGGUUCGGCGUGAGAUAUCUUCCAGAUUAGGCCCGGAUCACGGAAGACAUGAGAUGUACUAUGGAGUUGUUUGGAGUGCUGAAGAUCACAGUACUUCAAAUACCGAAAGACUUGAUUUAGCGGAAAACAAAGAGUUGUGGCUAGCAAAGCUUGGGUCGUGGUCUGAUGCUCUUGAGGUCUACGAGGAAAAGCUAGCAAGAAAUCCAAAUGAUUUUGGUGCAGUACUGGGUUGUAUGCGAUGCCUGAGUGCGACCGGUGACUGGCGUCGUGUUCUGGAACUUGCAGAGUACAAUUGGGAUAUAUUAAAGACUGAUUUCGCCGGCACACACACUGGAAAGAAGAAUAACAUUGCAAGGGGCCAGAAGAAGGCAUUCAGAAUGUGCUCAGAAGCAGCUUGGCGACUAGGUAGCUGGGAUGAUCUGGAAAAGUACUCUUCCGAAUUGGUGCAUGGUCGUGGUUCAUCAGCACCACCAAGUUCUGCUAUAAUCUACCCUGCCAGUGGAAACCGAGAAGGAUCCACUCCUCUCAUCGAUUUUGAAGGGUCCUUUUUCUCCGCUGUUUUGCAUGUCCACAGACAGGAAUGGACCAGAGCAGCAGAAGCGAUCGAUGAUGCGAGGAAGGCGAUGGACAGUCGUUUCACGGCUCUAAUGGCCGAGUCGUACAACCGUGCAUACUCCAGCAUGGUUACGGCACAAACUCUAGCAGAACUUGAAGAGGUGAUUGAAUAUAACAAAAUUGAGAAAGGUUUUAAUGAGGUGCAUCAGAGUCACCCUUCGAAUAGAAUGGACCCGUCCCAAGCACGCGAGAAAUUGCUUUCUGUGUGGCGUGCUAGGCUAGCUGGCUGCCGUGUUGAUGCCGAUGUCCAUUCUUCAAUUCUUGCUGUUCGAUCACUUGUCUUGGGACCUACAGACGAGGUUGAUGCAACUUUGACUUUGAGCGAGCUGUCGCGACAGGCACAGCGUUUCAGACUCGCAGAACGCGUAUUGCUCAAUCCUCUUGAAGCGCUUGAAGCUGACCUUGAUGGAAGCGUAUUUGGAUUCGGACUUCGUGAGUCUCUUGGGCUGCACACAGAGCUACAAGAAGCAAUGUCAGAACUCUCAGUACCACGCAUCGUUAAUGAUUUGUUAACAAAUACAUCAAGGGCAUUCUUACCAGAAUAUGGAAUGGCACACAAUCAGUGGAGCAAAGAACUUGUUCGUGAAGCUGGAGGUCUCGAUAGACUGAAGAUUCAGCACAAGCUUUAUUUUGCAUAUUUGAAGCAUCUUUGGCUCACUGAUCGGAGAGGCGAAGCAAUUGAUCGCCUUGGUCGCCUCUGUGAUGUUGUCGACCUUGUUUCAAACUGCGAAUCGGCAGGCAAUGAUUACAUCCGUGCCUCGUGUUGGUUGGAGCUAGGGGAGUGGAAGGUGGAAGAAAAGAUAACUCCAGGCAAGCAUAUACCAGGGCCAUUACAAGUGGAGAUCCUCUGUGACUUCAAAAGAGCGUCAAUGAUCGUUGGCUGUGGAUACAAGGCAUGGCAUGCGUGGGCGUUGCUAAAUUUUCGUCUUGCAUUGCAAAUGGAUGAGCGCGAAGAUAAUACUCUUGAUGGAUCUUUGCAUAGCAGUGAUGACCAAGAUCCUGAUGCACAGAGGAAGCAUGUAGUUUCGGCAAUAAAGGGGUUCUUUAGCGCCAUCAGUCUUGGAACGAAGCGAUGGAGCGCCUCAGUUCAGCAAGAUAUGCUAAAUCUGCUAACUUGUCUUUUCAAGUAUGGUGAUCAACCCGCAAUUGCAAGCAUAAUCAAAGACGGUGUGGAUACAGUGGCCAUAGAGACUUGGUUGGGAGUGUUGCCGCAGCUUCUCGCCAGGAUUCAAAUAAAGAACCCUGCAAUACGGUCUGUGUUGCAUCCAUUGCUUGUGCGGCUCGGUGAAAAACAUCCACAAGCACUGAUGUAUCCGCUGUCGGUUCUACUUAAGAGUCCAGUAUUGGAAAGAAAAAGCGCGGCAGAAAGUCUGAUGACCUCUCUUAGGUCGCACUCAAGCGCCCUGGUAGAAGAAGCAUUAAUGGUAUCCUCCGAACUAAUCAGAGUAGCAAUUCUUUGGUUGGAGACUUGGCACGAAGGACUGGAAGAAGCAUCGCGCCUUCAUUUUGGUGAAGGCAAUGUUGCUGGUAUGCUUGAUCUACUCUUGCCAUUGCAUCAGCAUUUGGAGAAUGGAGCGGAUACUCAGAAAGAAAUCGAAUUUGUCAAGGCCUUUGGACGUGAUUUAGCGCAGGCUCACAGUCACCUCAAGGAUUAUGUGAGGCUGGUAACUGAAGGCGGGGGUACAAUACCAGGCGGGACUUCUACUGCAAACGCCCGUGACGCCACCUCCACCCAAGUGCGUCAAAACGAAGAAGCAGAAACAGCAAUGAACAAAGCAUGGGAUAUAUACUAUACAGUGUUCCGAAGAAUCAACAAGCAGCUGCCAGCGCUAACAAAACUGGAAUUAUCACAGUGCUCCCCUGCUUUGAGCCGAGCACAGGGUCUAGAGCUCGGUGUUCCAGGAUCCUACCGGGUUGAUGGGAGUUACGUCAAAAUCGAAAGGUUUAUUCCAAGUGUUCAGGUCAUUACCAGCAAACAACGUCCGAGGAAGAUUACAUUGCGUGGUAGUGAUGGGAAAGAUUAUGUGUUCCUUCUGAAGGGUCACGAGGAUCUCCGCCAAGAUGAACGCGUGAUGCAACUAUUCGGGCUUGUUAAUGCUUUGCUUGAACGAGACCGUCAGACAAAGAAGCAUGAUCUGAGGAUCCAGAGAUAUGCUAUCUCACCGCUGUCUCAUAAUUGUGGUCUCGUUGGCUGGGUACCUCACACUGAUACACUUCACAGUCUCAUCAGAGACUAUCGGCAAUCAAAGAAGACUCCAUUAAACCUCGAGCACCGUGAAAUGACAAAAUUGGCGCCCGAUUAUGACAUGUUAACUGUCAUGCAAAAAGUCGAAGUAUUUUGUAGUGCGCUUCGCCGAACGAAAGGUGGAGGUAAUGAUCUUUACGAGAUUCUUUGGUUGAAGAGUACAAAUAGCGAAGAAUGGUUGGAGAGACGGACAAAGUUCACUCGGAGUUUGGCAGUGAUGUCAAUGGUUGGGUAUAUAUUGGGUCUUGGUGAUAGACAUCCUUCAAAUCUCAUGUUGGACAAGCGCAGUGGACGAGUUCUCCACAUUGACUUUGGUGACUGUUUCGAGGUUGCGAUGAAUCGGGAUAAAUACCCUGAGAAGGUGCCGUUUCGCCUCACGAGAAUGUUGAUCAAGGCAAUGGAGGUUUCUGGCAUAGAGGGAAGCUACCGAACAACUUGCGAACGGACAAUGACUGUUCUUCGCGAAAGUAGGGACUCGCUAGUAGCAAUGCUGGAAGCAUUUGUUCAUGAUCCGCUGAUAAGUUGGCGUUUGGUAGAUCUCUCUACAGAAGAUAUCGAUAGACAGUCUUCUGUUACUGACACGGAAGCACCUACAACGAGAAACGCGACAAGGGGCGCAAAAUCAAACCUUUUGAACAACCCAAUCACCGAGGCACCCGACGAGGAUGGAGAAGAUGCCGAUGCUGCCGUUGCUCCUAAUGAAGCUUUGGAUGAUGUAGACCAACAAAUGGCUACAUCCUUCAGAAAUCCGCCGAACGAAUCUGUGGUGGAUGCGCGAAGAGCACGAUCUCUCCAGAUGUAUGCCAAUAUCCAAGAAUGGGCCGCCAAUGGACGCAACAACGGGAAAAAGGACCAAGUGGCCGCGUCCGGUUCUGUUGCACGGUCAAGGAUGGGAAGAUCUAUACGCCAACGAGAACUCCUUAGUAUUUUAGAAGAUGGUCUCGCUCACGACGAAGUGCUCAACGAGAAAGCGUUGACAGUGAUUAGACGAGUUCAAGACAAGCUAACCGGCACAGACUUUCCUGAUCGAGAAGACGACCUUGGAGCAUUGGACGUCAGCGACCAAGUUCAGCGAUUGAUCGUCCAGGCAACUUCAGUCGAAAAUUUGUGUCAGCUUUUCAUCGGGUGGUGUGCUUUUUGGUGA